CGUCCACCGCGGACCGGGGCUCCCCACAGCUGCAGGGCGUUCGGUGUCGCCGAAGUAAACAUGCACCCUAAACCCUCGGAGCCUGCGGCAGGUGGGGCAGCAGAGCUGGAUUGCACGCAGGAGUCCGGCGUGGAGGAGUCUGCGGGUGACCACGGGAGCGCAGGCCCAGGGGGCUGCAAGGAAGAAAUUAAUGAUCCUAAGGAAAUAUGUGUGGGUUCUUCUGCCACAUCCUACCAAAGCCAGCAGAAACAGAGUGGUGAUAAUGGGUCAGGUGGUCACUUUGCACACCCAAGAGAAGACAGAGAAGAUCGGGGCCCCAGAAUGACUAAAAGUUCCCUGCAAAAACUCUGCAAGCAGCACAAGCUUUAUACUACCCCAGCACUGAAUGACACGCUGUAUUUACACUUUAAAGGUUUUGAUCGCAUUGAGAACCUGGAAGAGUACACAGGGCUGCGCUGUCUCUGGCUGCAGAGCAACGGAAUACAGAAAAUCGAACACCUGGAGGCGCAAACCGAGUUGCGUUGCCUCUUCUUGCAAAUGAACUUGCUCCAUAAGAUCGAGAACCUGGAAGCUCUGCAGAAACUGGAUGCUCUUAACCUCAGCAACAAUUACAUCAAGACCAUUGAAAACCUCUCCUGCCUCCCAGUCCUGAACACACUGCAGAUGGCCCACAAUCACCUGGAGACUGUGGAGGACAUUCAGCAUCUACGAGAGUGUUUGACGCUUUGUGUCCUUGACCUUUCACACAACAAGCUGAGUGACCCUGAGAUCCUGAGCAUUCUGGAAAGCAUGCCCGAUUUGCGUGUACUGAAUUUGAUGGGAAACCCGGUUAUCAGACACAUUCCUAAUUAUAGAAGGACAGUCACUGUACGACUAAAGCACUUAACAUACCUGGAUGAUAGACCAGUGUUUCCAAAGGACAGAGCUUGUGCGGAGGCCUGGGCUAGGGGAGGGUACGCAGCUGAAAAGGAGGAGAGACAGCAGUGGGAGAGCAGGGAGCGGAAGAAGAUCACAGACAGCAUUGAAGCCUUGGCCAUGAUCAAGCGGCGGGCGGAGGAGAGGAAAAGACAGAGAGAGAGUCAAGAGAGAGGGGAGACGACAUCUUCAGACGAUGGUGAGAACGUGCCUGCCAGUGAGGAAGGCAAGGAGGAGCCUCCCGGGGACAGAGAAACAAGGCAGAAGAUGGAGCUAUUUGUUAAGGAAAGCUUUGAGGCCAAGGAUGAGCUCUGCCCAGGAAAGCCAAGUGGAGGAGAGGAGCUGCCUGUGGAGGUUAAAAGAGAGGAUGGAGAUCGAGAGCCAGAGGGAACCCUCCCAGUUGAGGUCCCACUACUGUCGCCGCCUGUGGAGGUUAAAGGAGAGGACCGAGAUCAAGAGCCAGAGGGGACCCUCCCAGCUGAGCCCCCGCUACUGUCGCCGUCUGUGGAGGUUAAAGGAGAGGAUGGAGAUCAAGAGCCAGAGGGGACCCUCCCAGUUGAGGCCCCACCACCGCCGCCCCUCGGAGCUGCCGGGGAAGAGCGGACCCCCCAGGCUGUGGCCGCUGAGGGUGGAUUCGUUACAGGACCUGAUGGGACGAGAAUGGAAGAUUUAGAAACCGUUAGACUGGAGACAAAGGAGACAUUCUGCAUCGAUGACCUACCUGACUUGGAAGAUGACGAUGAAACAGGCAAAUCUCUGGAAGACCAGAACAUGUGCUUUCCGAAGAUUGAGGUCAUCUCGAACUUGAGUGAUGACAGUGACCCUGAACUGGACUACACGUCACUCCCUGUGCUGGAAAACCUGCCCGCAGACACUCUGUCAAAUAUAUUUGCAGUCUCUAAAGACACCUCAAAGGCGGCUCGGGCGCCCUUCACAGGCAUCUUCAUAGAAGAAGCUAAGAGGGACUUGGAAAUCCCAAAACAAGACACCGAGUCCCCACGACCCCUGAUCCAGGAGCUCAGCGAUGAGGACCCCUCUGGCCAGCCACCGAUGUCCCCCACCUGCCAAAGAGACGCCGCACCACUCACUUCCAGUGGAGACGGGGACAGCGACUUCCUUGCAGCCUCUUCUUCAGUGCCGACUGAGAGCACCACCACAUCCUCAGAGACGUGUGUCGGAGUUGCCCAGCCCAGCUCGGCCCACGUGGGACCUCACUGCAUUCCCAGCACCGAAAGCAUCAUAGUUCCCCCCAGUUAUAUGUAGCAUAAAUGGUUUAAUUAUAAAUGUCUCCUUCAGGCAUGAUAAACAUUUUAACAC